AUGACUAUAUAUAGAAGUGCAGAAGACUUGCACAGCAAGCUAAGUAGUCUGAAAGGAUUACUCUUGCGGGGUGGAAACAUUCUAGAGAAGUUUGCCAUGGUAAACACAGUUGUGUUCGAUAAAACAGGGACCCUUACAGUUGGUAGACCUGUGGUGACAAAGAUUGUCACUCCUACAUGCAUAGAAAAUGCAAAUCCAAGCCAAACUGAAGAAAAUGCUUUGUCUGAUGUUGAAGUUCUGAGGUUAGCAGCUGGGGUAGAAUCAAAUUCGGUACAUCCAGUUGGGAGAGCGAUUGUAGAUGCUGCUCAGGCAGUUAAUUGUCAUAAUGCUAAGGUAGCAGAUGGAACAUUCCUGGAAGAACCUGGAUCUGGUGCAGUAGCAACCAUUGAUAAUAAAAAGGUUUCUGUUGGGACAUUGGAAUGGAUUACCAGGUGUGGAGUUAACAACAGUAUACAUCAAGAAAUGGAUGAGUGUAAAAACCAAUCCUUUGUCUAUGUUGGGGUCAAUGAGACUCUAGCUGGCCUAAUUUAUUUUGAAGAUGAGAUAAGGGAAGAUGCAAGACACGUUAUUGACACAUUGUCUAAGCAAGAUAUUGGUGUAUACAUGCUGUCUGGAGACAAAAGGAAUGCGGCUGAGUAUGUUGCAUCCCAUGUUGGAAUUCCCAAAGAGAAGGUGAUAUCUGAAGUGAAACCAGACGAGAAAAAGAAGUUCAUAAAUGAACUACAGAAAGAUAAUAACAUUAUAGCUAUGGUUGGUGAUGGAAUUAAUGAUGCAGCUGCUCUGGCUUCUUCACAUAUUGGUAUUGCACUAGGUGGAGGUGUUGGAGCUGCCAGUGAGGUAUCUUCUAUUGUAUUGAUGCGCAACCAGCUCUCACAGCUACUAGAUGCUUUGGAGCUUAGCAGGCUAACCAUGAAUACCGUGAAACAAAAUCUUUGGUGGGCUUUCAUAUACAACAUUGUAGGGAUUCCAAUCGCAGCUGGAGUUUUAUUUCCUAUAAAUGGGACUAUGCUGACUCCAUCAAUUGCAGGGGCUCUCAUGGGUUUCAGUUCCAUUGGCGUAAUGACUAACUCGUUACUUUUGAGAUUCAAAUUUUCCUCAAAGCAG